AACUGUUAUUAAUAAAACAUGAGCCAGUGAUACCAGUUGACCGUCACAGAGUUUAUAAUGACGUCAGGGAGUUGGACACCAACGUCACCACCGGCGGCCAUCGUUUAAGAAGUUGGUGUAAAAUUACCGUGUAAGGGAUGUCAUCCUUUCCAUCAGCUCAUAAAACCCUCCAUGUGUCGCCUUCAUCCAGAGAUCACACCUGUGACCCUGUUGGGCUCAUUCUGAGCCAAGGUAGAUGUUUGACACAUGACCAUGGGCAAAUUUUGGGACCUGAAUUUGGUCUGAUGGAGAUGUCAGAGGUUGAAUAUACACACCUUCAGCACUUUAUCCAGGCACACAUGGAGGCAAAUGUUACUCCGCCAGAUGCCAGAUCUCACCCUGCUAUGGGAAUGGUUAAAGACCCAACUGGAUCCACAGUGAUGUCACCCCUCAUGGUCUCUCAAGCAAUUGACCUGUCAGUUUCAACUGAUGAACACUGUCAGGUGAUGCAAGGAGAAAAGACACCAGCUUCUUUUGGAGAGGUCCCAGGUUUUGUGCUAGCCAGAAUCAGAGGUGAAGACAGUCCGAUUGAACCAUGCACCAACACCAGCACAUCUUCACAGAAUCGAUCCAGAUCAGCUGCUAGAGUUUGUUUGGAGAAAAGGUUUAACACCAUGUGUGCUGACAUCCCAAAACAGCAGGAUAAUAACUCUGCAGUUCCCGGCAAUUUUUUGAUCACAGUUCAGCAGUCUGCAGGGACUCAAGAGGCAUUCUUACACCCUCAAAUGCAUAAGUGGAUAAAAACUGACAGAACAAAUCCUUUUGAGGUUUCCAGCCAAUUUGUAGGGGAUGGAAUUAACACAGUCCUCAAUAUGUGUGAACAAGUGACGGGCCAUAUUCCUUACAUGGUUGAACCUAAAAGGCCUCAGGGUUUGAUCAUCCCCAAGAGAUUAUCAUUUAAUUUCCGCCCAGAGGUGAUUGUUCCGACAGCUCAAUAUACAAAUGGCAGCAACUCAACAGAGGAGCAGCAGUUGGUGAACAGAACAGAAAAUGGUGUGGCGGCCCCUGUUGCCCUCAGAAAGCAUAGUAGUACCCACACCCUUCAUCCCAACAAGGCUGCUUCAGCUGCCCCAGACUCUGCUGGAGAAUCAGGGAACAGAAACCGGAAAAGAGCUCGAACUCAAAUGACAAUCUUCCAGCGCAGGGAGAAACACAAUAGCAAGGAAAGGGAGCGCAGGAAGAAGAUCCGUUUGUACUGUGAUGAGCUGAACAUGCUGGUGCCAUUCUGUGAGUUGGAAACAGACAAAGUCACCACCCUGCAGUGGACAACUGCCUUCCUCAGAUACAUCAAUGAAACAUAUGGAGACACCUUCAGAGAGGAGUUUCAGAAGGCAUUUGAUGAUGGGAAAGGACACUUUCUUAAAUCCAGCCUUUCUUCAGGCCAGGAGCCAAUCCACCGGGACAUGAGCGACACACAGAUCAUUCCUCUCGCUGUAGAGCAAUAACCCUCUCAUUAGUUUGUCUAAUAAAUCAGACAGAUAUUUGAGUACAUUUUAAUUGAACAUAACAUUUUUAGCUUAGGUUGUCCCAUGAAGUCUGGCUAUGCCUUAGGUCAACGUUUUGUUAUAUUUUAAAUAACAAAAAGUGUUUUGAUUGUAGCUCUAAUUCUUACUACAUUGCAAUGAUAUAAAAGUAGAAUGUUUCCAGUCUCAGACAAAGUCAUGUUCAAAAAUGGCUAGUUUUCUGUAGCUUCACUGCAUCAAGCUAUUAUUUGACUCAAACACAGGUGGCACUGUUUCCCCAUGAAAAUAUUUCAGAUAGUGCACUCAUGAUUAGUCAUAUGUUCAGUCGGUAUCAUAAAAGUCGGUAAAUAUGAAUUAUAUGUUCAUCAAAUCUUGUUAAUAUUCCCUUUUCUUUUAUUUAAAAAAAAACUUAUUUCAGUAUGUUCAGUCCAGUUUAUACGUUAAUCAUAUAAAAGUGUAACCUAAAUGUAUAUACUUAAAAUUUUGCAUGGAAAAAAGUGUUGCUGCUUUCUGAAUGAAUGGCAUUAUUUGAUUUCCGUUGUGUUACGCAUAUUACUCAUUCAGACUGUUCAUUUGAUAUGUAGAGAAGAGUAAUGUUUUACUGAAAAGUGGCUUUAUUUGUUCUUUCUUACAACAUGUCGCUGUAUCAUCUUAACUGUACAUACAACAGUCACCCACAAAUAAUAAAUAGUAUUUAAUGUCAUGUAUAUUUAAUAGUUACAGCACCGGUAGUACAUAGUGGACGUGGUCAUUGUAGAUUUAAAAUUAAAAAAAAGAAAAAGAUUACUCUGCCUCUAAGAUUCUUAAAUUUAUUUUACAAUGUCAGAUUUCUGAAUCCACAACUUUUAUUUUGUUUUUGAUUCUCAAGUCUAGAGAGUCAACUUCACAUGUCAUUUAAAAACAAACAAACAAACAAAGAAGCUGUAAAAAAAAGACUAUUUAAAGUUUAAAGUUUUUGCAUUAAUCUACACAAUUUCUGGGCACCUGGGUAUUUGUUUUUUAUUCCUUUUACAAUACAUACACAGCUCGUUGACAGAGGUGUUUUUUUUUUUUGCCUCUGUCGCCUAUUUCCAUAUUUUACACUGUAAGCUUGUAUGUUGAGGUAACACCUGUGAUUUACAUUAAUGGGCCAUGAUACAUGCACAUUCACUUCAGAGACAGUCACUGUUGUUUUUAGAGCGUCAUCUGCCAGAAGGAUGUUAACCAAGGUAAUGGGGUCAUGGAAACAACAUGUACAAAGUUUUUAUACACAAACGGACUCAUCAUUCAUUUUCCAGUUGUUUGUAAGUCAAGUCUUGUUCUGUGAUACUGUAGUAAUUGUUCUCUUGGACUCAUCUGUGCCUCCGUCCACUUUAUUUCUGGGUGUCGUCUUGAUGUUUUUGUCUCUUAGUUGCUCUGGUUUUCAUGUCACUCCUUGGCUGUUCCUCCAUUUUUCUCAAAAUAUCACACCUCUUUGAUGUUACUCCUCCCAUCUUGUGAUACAUGUAUUUAAAUAAAGAGGACAUGUUUGUGAUCA